GGUAAUUUUGUUGUAUGUUGAUGCCUGCCGUCAUCUGCCGUCAUAGUCGGCAGUCGGUUUUUGUUUAUAAUAAUUGCUGGGUGUGAUUGCUCUCCAGGAUGGACUCGCAGAAGUUCUGCCUCAAAUGGGACGGGUUCCAGGGCAGUGUCACCUCCGUGUUUGACCAGCUCCGCUCUGGAGGGGAGCUGCUGGACGUCACGCUCUGCUGUGAGGGACAGCGUGUCCGGGCCCACAGGAUGAUGCUGUCUGCCUGCAGUCCGUACUUCAGGGAACUGCUGAAGAGCAUAUCAUGCCAGCAGAUGGUAAUAUUCCUAAAGGAUACCACUGCCGCCGACCUGAACGCCAUAGUGGAGUUCAUGUACAAGGGGAGUGUCAACGUGUCCCAGAGCCAGCUGGCCAGCUUCAUCAAGACGGCGGAGAUGCUACAGAUCAGGGGGCUCAGCGGCGAGGAGGAUAAGCCGCCGGACCCUGUCCCUGCGCCGCCGCCCCGACCGGCGCCGCCGAGACACCACCCGCUGCCGCCGCGGCUGGCCACCCCGCCACCCAAGCGGCGCAGGACCUCUGACAGCGGGGACGCGCCCCUGUCCUCCGGACCCGCACCGGCGUGGCCCCGGCCGGCCGCCUCACCGGCCCGGCGUCCCGAGACGCCCGUCGUGCUGUCGGGGUCUUCCAACCAGUCAAUACCGUCUCCGAGUCCAGCUGUGGCCAUGUCACCCGCGGCUUCGGCUACGGCUACGGCAGCUUCAGCACCGGCACCGGGUUCAGCAGAAGCGGGAGGAGGGGCUGAAGGAGCGCCUUCAUUACCAGCAUCUUCAUCUACCACACCCUCUGUUGCACCGUCAGGAUCUACAUUCACAUCAUCAUCGGCAGCACCGUCUUCAUCAUUCUCGCCAUCAGCAGCAGGAUCGUCAGUACCGACAGCGCGAAGUCGUGAGACGGUAGCGAAGCACGAGUCUGAGAACAUUAAAGUGGAGAAAGUGGAUCUGAGUGAUGGUGAAGACGGUGGUAGUUUAGAUGCCGCCCUGGGGCAGCUCAAUGAGUACGAAGGGUACGACGGAACGGCGACCUCGGCUCAUGGCGUAUCAUUCGCCGGCGGCCACCAGUACGGACCUCUCCCCACCGGUCUGCCGGGCGCCUCUCACCAGUCGCCACAUGGAGCACCAAUGGAGGACGGAUCGGCACCAGGUGCCUACGUCUGCGUGGUCUGUGGCAAGCGCUAUCGCCACCAGAUGUCCCUGACGCUCCAUCGCAAGGUCCACGAAGGGCUGACGAUAUGUCCUCUGUGCGGCACCGUCUCCAGCAAGGUCUCCCACCUGCGGAGACACCUGGAGAACGUGCAUCGUCUGGAGCAGGAGCAGAUCUAUCGGCUGGUGCCGAGCGUCAGAGCCAGGUCGCUGCCGCAGGCGCCUGCUGGCGUGGACACUGGACAUGGAGAUGGAGAGAUCGCGGGUGCCCAGAGUCGAGUGUGAUGGAUCGGGUGUGGCGAGGACGGGUUACGAUGGGGAUGGGUAGUGUGGUUUGGGGAUGUGUGGAGUGAAGGAGACAGGCGACUGGGGCUGUGGACUGCCUGGUGUGGGAGAGAAUGUGUCACAGUUAUGUGUCAAAAUGUGUCAGAGUGAAGGAGACGGGCAGACUGUGGGCACGAACAUUCUGGUGCGAGGAUGAAGUGAAGAAAACUCUCCAGAUGGUUACUGGACAGAUCCUGGUUACCGUCAGCCUGGUGCGAUGGUGUUUUGGAGUGGGGAAGUUUUGGAGUGGGGGAAAAUUUUCCUAAUGUAAAAUUUUCUUAUAUACUUAGAACUUUCCACUUGACAGUAGUUAUUUAACCCUCGCCCCGUUGGGGGGGGGCCAUUUGGGCCCCCCCUGUGGUUUUUCCUGAAUAGCAAGAAAACGGCGGCGCGCAGCGCCGCCAAAUUUUCAGUACCUUUCCGGGCAUCAAUUUGACACCUUCACACCAAAUUUCAAGUCUUAGGUCACCUUAGGUCAGGAGUUAUUGAGGUCAAACUGAGGUCAUGUUCGAGCAAAAAUGAGCAAAAAACAUGCAAUCUUGAAACGCUCACCAAAUCUACAGUUAUCAAGCAAUUUCAAAGUUCUUUAUAUGGUCUAAUAGACAAAAAGCGGCGCUACAAAACUGCUAUCUCGGAUUUUCAAAAUUUUGGGUUUUUGACCCAAAAAAUUUCAAAAAAUUGAUUUUUUUAGAAAAACUAAAAAAAAAAUCCAAAAUUUUUCCGAAUUUCGAAAAAAACCGGAAUAUAUGUGAUAGUCCCUGCGCUCUUUUAUAUACAUACCAAAUUUCAGAUCGAUAUCUCGUUUUUUGGCCAAGUUAUAGCGAAAAAACUGUUCAAAAAUGAUGACGUCAAAUUUUUGAACUCAAUUUUUAGCGAUUCUAGACCUCGUACGGCAAAACAAAGACCAUCAUUGAACUCCCCGUGACGAGCUGCAUCGAUUCGAUACCCAUUUUAUGCAAAAAUAUCAACUUUGAAAUUUGACCUGACCUUGACCUGACCUUGACCUGACCUUGACCAAAACGUGACCUAAGCUGGCCCCAAAGGCUGCCUGACCCACAUAAUCGCAUUUGUCAUGUAAAAUGGACCAUAAAACAUGUAUCACACGACACUUUCAUAUUGUGACCCCCCAGUGACCUGACCUCAGUGACCUGACCUGGUAUCAGUGACCUCAACUAGCAAAAUAUGUGUUUGAAGAACAUUUCCCCAUCGAUGAUUUUCAAUGAAAUGCAUUUUACUCGAUUUUACAACGCAUUUCUUGAAAUGCCUGUAAACGGUGAAAAUUGGACCUUUGACCUGACCUGUGACGUCAUCGGUUUGACCUAGGUCAAUAAAAUUGGGUCACAAGGUAGUUCCCUGAUAGGGCUAUCCAACACCGUUUGCCGCUUGUCGCUACGUUGCGUGGUUCUCGAGAUCUUAGGGGGGGGCCAAAAUGGCCCCCCCCCCAACGGGGCGCGUUGCUCGGCAGAGCCCAACGGGGCGCGGGUUAAAACGGGGGUUGACACAGGACAGGCUGUGGUGCACGAAUAGUCGGGUGUGCGGUGUGCUGGUGACGCUAAGGAAAGGCGAGAUGGAAACGUCUUUAGUCGUGACUAAGAAGUAGGUAUUUAUACCCUCGGUAUUUGGAUUCAUUGUCGGGUUCUGUGGUUUUGAGAUUAGAGAGAUUGAGAUUAGAGAGUUUUUUUUCUGGGGAGGGGAGGGGAUUUUUCAUUUUGGGAAGUACUGCAUAAUGAUGAUGUAACGAUGCGUUUUAUAUGCUAGAUGGAGCAUUUACUUAGGUUCAUGGAUUAAUGGAUCAUGGUUUUAAAUGGAUCAUUUAAUGGAUCAUUUACUUACAUCAUAGUAGAAUGGUGUGGAAGAUAGUUUGUUGACUAUCACACAUUUUUUGUCGGAAUUAUUGAAGAGCUUUAUUUUUGUCGACAAGAGUUGUGUUCUCGUGUUCUAAAGUGAACUUGCUCACGUUUUAUGGCGUGGUACCUGCUUCACCAAUAGGGCUAGUAUAUUCUGGUAUGACAGUUUGACGUUUGUGAAAAGCGAUAAUGUGCACAUGUGAUAUGUGUUCACAUUAUCGCUUUUCACAAAGGGCUAGUAUAUCUGCAUAUACCUAACAGUUCCAACACCAUACUUUUUAUACUCGUAUGUUAAUAAUUUUGGAAAACAGUGAGGAAAAAGGCAGAAUUUGGCUGCCUCGUAUCUUCAUGUAGUGAUAAAGGUACGACCCUUACUUAAUUAUUGUGGUCACUUUUUAAUGAUGAUAUCAUUACAGUGUGCUUUAUCGUUUCAAUUGAAUAUUGAUUUCGUAUUGUAUUUCUUUAUCUUCAGUAUGUGACGCAUAUUUGUUUGCGCAGAACUUCAAUGAGAUAUGGUAACUUGAUGACAAAUACAUUUUUGGUCAAUUC